AAAUAGUAAUUGGGAUCCAUUCGACUAUCGCGCGGUGUGCGGUUACUUCAUUUACUAUGUCCUCUAUAUAUACCCGAAUGUUGAUAGUAUCGACACCUUGUGUGGUUGUGAUUGUCAACAUGCGGUUACUGAUAUGUCUAGCAGUCGUAGCGGUGGCGCGGGGGGCUCCCGUCAUAGAGGAUGCUCCGGUGGAGGGGCCGGUAGUUCCUGAGCUGCCAGAACCGCCGAGACAGGAGCCUGUACCACCGCAGCUUGACCCUAUUCCCCCCAUAGGUGACCCCCUUCCCCCUCAAGUUGACCCCGUACCCCUACCACAGCCAAUUGACCCCGUACCCCUACCACAGCCAAUUGACCCCCGUCCCCUUGAUCCCCACGCACCGGCAUCAGAAAGCCUACCGAUCGACCCACCUGCCAUCAUCCCCGAUGCAUCGAAGCCAUUAGAAGUCAGCUCGGCGAGACCGCUGGACAGCGAGGGAGACGAUGACUUGUUUGAAAUGGAGAUGCUGUUGUUGCUGUCGUUCUUCGCGGACCCUGAGGAUUGGGAGUUGGGGGCGCUCAAGGAUAAACCUAGCGCGCUUGCCACGUUCGCAGCGCCUGCUGCUGCCCGCGCCGCGCCCGCCGCGAAGCUUCCCCCCGCGGCGCUCGCUGCGCUAGCCCCCAAGGCUUUCAUACGCGCAGAGGGCGAAGCCGCCUUUAAGCAGUUCGCCGAUUAAAUACUGAAAUUAAAUAAUGAAUUAUAGCAAAUAAAUAUAUUUGAAAAAUAUUA